AGGGCCUGCAUUGCACAUGUAAAGUUACCCACCAGUUUACCAGCGCACUUGAUCUGAAACUUGAGUUUAUUUUUUUCAGACCUGGAGAGCUAACAAGAGAACAGCUACAGCUACAUCAACGACAAUGGGUGACAACAUGAAUGAAGUUGAAAUUUACAAUCUGCAGGCUUCAGAGCGAAGGAACAAACUUGAGCUUUUACCAUUGAAUGAAGUUGCAGUUUACAGUCUGCAGGUUCCAGAGCCAAGGAACAGAGCUGAGUUUUUAAAAUAUUCCUGUCAGCUCACACUGGACCCCAACACAGCGCAUACAGUGCUUUAUCUGUCUGAAGGGAACAGAAAGGUGGCAGUGAGGAGACAGACCCAGUCAUAUCCUGAUCACCGAGAGAGAUUUGAAUAUCGGGCCGAAGUGCUUUGCAGAGAGGGUUUGUCUGGAAAUCGUUGUUACUGGGAGAUUGAGUGCAGUGGGAAAAAGGUUUCUAUAGGAGUCACAUAUAAAGGAAUCCACAGGAAAGGACCUCAUCAUUCCUGUAUCCUUGGAUUCAAUGACAGGUCCUGGAGUUUGGACUGCUCUGGUUCUAGUUAUGUUGCCCGGCACAAUAGCAAUCACACUGCAAUAACUGCCCCCCGCUCCCCCAGAGUAGGAGUGUAUCUGGACUUUAAUGCUGGCACGCUGUCCUUUUAUGGUGUCUCUGACACAAUGACCCUCCUGCACAGAUUCCAAACCACAUUCACUGAGCCACUCUAUCCUGGGUGUUGGCUUCCUUAUUACAAUUCCACUUUAACAAUCUGCCAGCUAAACUAGACUAUUUUGUGUUUUAAGAAAACCUUUGUAUUAAACUUCCUGUGUGAAGGGAAUGUUACUGUUUAAUCUUUGUCAGGUUAGUGUUUUUGUAAUUGUAAACACUCGCAACUAGAUAGGUGUUUCAACAUAAAAUGCUUAGUAUGUCCAAAGUAUUUAUUGAUGACAAAUACAUAAAUAGCACCAAGUGGCAGACUUAGUUGGCAUCUCUACACAGUGCUAGAAUUUCCACAGUACUGAUAAGUAUCUCUUAAGGUGAUUGUAGCUCACUAAAUAAUUCCACAAUAUAUUAUUAUAUAUAUUAUUUAUUAAUUACUAUAUUGCACUUCCAUUGGCUACAUAGGUCUCAAAUGUGCAGGUUUGAAAAGCAUGCGAUCUGGUGCUACUUGAGGUUAAAGAAAGUUCUCAGUUUAUAUGCCUUAUUCUCAGGGUGCAUGUUUACUAGAGCAGGUGUUUCUUUCAACACUGCACAUUUGAGACCUAUAUAAUGAAUGGAAGUGCACAGCAGCUGAGAUUCAUGGGAUUAUUUUGUCAGCUCCAAUCCCUAUCAAUGUGAGGUCGUGUAAAUAGCAGCUCACAAUACUUGCCAUGUCAAAGGCAUGUCAGUAUAGUUUCCAGCAGAUUCCUGUAUACAGUAGAAUCCUGUCAGCUGAAUAGCAUUUGAACUUGAUGCUGAAGUUUAUGGUAACACUUUUUCUGAAAGUGUAUUUUUCAAAUAGCUUAUUAACACAUUAUAGAUGCUUACAAUAUGAGUUGUAUGGUCUUUAUAAUGCAUUAUAGAACAAGUAAUACAUGGCAGUAACAGCAUUUAAUAAUAUGUUAUAAAUACUUAAUAGAUGCUAUAAGAAAUCUGCAAUAAAUGUAAAUAUAAAACUGUAUAUUAGCUGUAAACAAAUCAGGACAAAUCACA